UCCAGGGGGCAGCUGUGGCUAAUGGUUAGAAAGUAGAUGACUUGUAACCCGAAGGUCAACGGUUUCGAGUCUCGGUGCUGGCAAGAGUUUUAGGUGAGGGGAAGUGAAUGAACAGCGCUCUCUUCCUCCCUCAAUACCCAUAGCUGAAGUGCUCUUGAGCAAGGCACUGAACCCCCAGCUGCUACUCCUGGUGUAUGUUCACGGUGUGUUUACUUCUCACUGCUGUGUGUGUGCACUUGAAUGGGUUAAAUGCAGAGCAACAAUUCCGAGUAUGGGCUACCAUACUUGGCAAAUGUCAUGAAAAAAUGAAAACGAAGCUACCAAAAAAUGAGGCAGACUCCAGGGACAAGACAUUGACUGCCAAAGAGGUUAAAGCUGUUGUCCUGCUUCUCUUUAAUUCUCUGAGAAUUUGUCUGAGACUGACAUUUAGUAGACAUUUGUUUACUUUAAUAACAGCCAGAUGUGUCGAAUGUAAACUCAGCAGGGGAAGGAAUGAGGAAACUGUUUUACAGUUUUACAUACAAACCUGUUUUACACACAUCACUCAGACACAGAAGCAGGAAACAGAAUCAGAGUUCAGAGAAAGAGAAACUGAAGUGUAGUCAAGCUGUCGAGUGUUUGUGUCUCUGUAUUUAAGCAGUAAAAUGGCAGAAGCCAGAAUUUCAGUGGAUCAGAAGGAGUUCAUGUGUGCAGUGUGUCUGGAUCUCCUGAAGGAUCCAGUGGCCAUUCCCUGUGGACACAGUUACUGUAAGAUCUGUAUUUCAGGUCACUGGGAUCAGGAGGAUCAGAAGAGAGUCUACAGCUGCCCUCAGUGCAGACAGACCUUCAGUCCAAGACCUGCUUUAUCUAGAAACACCAUGCUGGCUGAAGUGGUGGAGAAACUGAAGAAGACCAGACUCUCUGAUGACUGUUACGCUGGAGCUGGAGAUGUGCAGUGUGACGUCUGUACUGGAAGAAAAUACAGAGCCGUCAAGUCCUGUCUGAUGUGUCUGAACUCUUACUGUCACAAUCACCUAGAACAACAUGAGAGCUUAUUUAAAGGAAAGAGACACAAUCUGACUGAAGCCACUGGACGACUGCAGGAAAUGAUCUGCCAGAAACAUGAGAAGAUCCUCGAGGUUUUCUGUCGCACUGAUCAGAAAUGUAUAUGUGUGCUGUGUACGAUUAUUGAACAUAAAAACCAUGACAUUGUAUCGGCUGCAGAUCAGAGGACAGAGAAACAGAAACAGCUGAAGAAGAUGCAGAAGACGCUCCAGCAGAGAAUCCAGCAGAGAGAGAAAGAUCUCCAGCAGCUGAGAGAGACUGUGGAGUCUCAUAAGCGCUCUGCACAGACAGCAGUGGAGGACAGUGAGAGGAUCUUUACUGAGCUCAUCCGCUCCAUUGAGAGAAGCCGCUCUGAGCUGAUACGACUGAUCAGAGAUCAGGAAAAGACUGCAGUGAGUCGAGCUGAAGAACGACUGGAGCGACUGGAGCAGGAGAUCAAUGAUCUGAGGAGGAGAGACGCUGAGCUGGAGCAGCUUUCACAUACACAGGAUUACAUCCAGUUCCUGCAGGUAACACAGACCUAG